AUUAGUGUGACGAGCACUGUGGAAGACAGCGCAUCUCGAGGCAGCGUCAACCCUCUCCCGUGCAACAAGUCAGUCUCAGAGGGGGUACAGAGUGGCGCACGCCGAAGUGUUUCUGAAUAUUGUGAUAGAGACUUCGGCCACUCUUCUGUUGUCAACAACAUAACUUAUUCCUCCAAUUGUUCUUCUUCUUCUCUUCCAAGUUGGUGGUGUGGUAGCAGUGACAUUCAUUACAAGUGCGCGCGCGAGAGGGAGAAAAGAGACCGACACAUUCCAUCCGUGAUGCACUCCUCACGAAAGUACAAAUAAUAUUUACAGCGUACAAGUUACAUCCACCAGAAGUUGCCACGAAUGCAUUUAAAAUUUCAAGAUUUAUUUUCUAAACACAUACAUAGAUAGGGUAUAAAAACAAGUGUUCAAAGCCUACGAAGAUAAAGUGUUAUCAGAUCAAGUGAGGUCAUGCACGAAGCUGGACUUCGGGCAUAAGUAAAACAAACUCCAAAUCAGUGAAGCAGAGCUCAACAAAUUCCACCACAGGAUGCUAUUAAUUCCUCAACUUAAUACAUAUCAAACUGAGUGUGAUAUAUCGUAAAAACUUUUCCUAUACUCCGCUAUAAUUGCAGGGAGCUUUCAAUUUGAACGUUUGUGGUAAUUCCUCAUUCCACCAUGAUGACCCUUGCUCAGAACAUAUCAAAUCGAGAGUGAUAAUAUAUAAUUAAGGCAUUACAUGUAAAGUUGUCUUUACUUGAAAAGGAGGAAAGUCAAUUUCUCAAAAGCUCUAAAAACUUUCGACAUGGGGAUCCAGAACCCCUUUGGCGUCUUGCUACUUCUCAGUUCUGUAUUGUGUGUCAAUGCAAUAGGUGCCGGUUCCAAACCUCACCUUAAUAGUUCUUCCUCAGCAUCAUCCCCAAAUUCAGGAACGGGUUCUUCCUCAGUUGGCACCAUUAAUAUCAACAACCGAGAUUAUCACAACGACCCCCUUGUUAUAGAGACGCAGAGCGGGAUGGUCAGAGGAUUCUCAAGGAUCGUUAUGAAUAAAGAAGUUCACAUAUUCACCGGAAUACCAUUCGCAAAGCCCCCCGUGGGCCCACUCCGCUUCCGACGUCCAGUUCCUGUUGAUCCUUGGCAUGGGGUCUUGGACGCUACAACUUUGCCCAACAGCUGCUAUCAGGAAAGGUACGAAUACUUUCCGGGCUUCGAAGGGGAGGAGAUGUGGAACCCAAACACGAACGUCUCUGAAGAUUGUCUGUAUCUCAGCAUCUGGGUUCCACAACGGGUCCGCAUACGGCACUCAGACCAGAGUCCCAAAGUCCCGAUACUUGUCUGGAUUUACGGUGGAGGUUACAUGAGCGGAACUUCUACCCUUGACGUAUAUGACGCCGAUAUUGUGGCAGCUACAAGCGAUGUAAUAGUUGCAUCAAUGCAGUACAGGGUUGGUUCUUUCGGAUUCCUGUAUCUGACCCCUUUCUUUGGGCCAGAAAGUGAAGAAGCACCUGGAAAUAUGGGACUGUGGGACCAAGCGCUCGCUAUCCGUUGGCUACGAGACAAUGCUGGGGCAUUUGGGGGAGACCCGGAUUUGAUAACACUGUUCGGAGAGUCUGCAGGGGGAGGUUCAGUGAGUCUGCAUUUGUUAUCACCGGUUACCAGAGGCCUUGUCAGAAGAGGAAUCAUGCAAUCUGGAACUCUGAAUGCACCUUGGAGUUACAUGGACGGUGAGAAGGCUGCAGAUAUAGGACGAGUUCUAGUGGAAGACGUCGGCUGCAAUUCCACCCAACUAACAGAUUCACCCAGUAGGGUUAUGGCAUGUUUGAGACUGGUGGAUUCUAAGACUAUUUCCGUACAGCAGUGGAAUUCCUACUGGGGGAUUCUAGGCUUCCCUUCUGCUCCGACCAUCGACGGAGUCUUCCUUCCCAAACAUCCGCUGGAUUUAAUCAGGGAUGGAAAUUACGAGGACACAGAGAUUCUCAUCGGCAGUAACCAGGAUGAGGGGACCUACUUUAUCCUCUACGACUUCUUGGACUAUUUUGAGAAGGAUAAUCCGAGUUUUCUGAAACGGGACAAGUUCCUGGAAAUCAUCAACCUCAUCUUCAAAAAUACAACGCGCCUGGAGCGGGACGCCAUUGUUUUUCAGUACACUGACUGGGAACACUUGGGGGACGGAUACAUAAACCAGAAGAAGAUUGCAGAGAUCGUGGGCGACUACUUCUUCAUCUGCCCCACCAACCUGUUCGCCGAGAAGUUUGCGGAGCAAGGCACCACGGUUUACUAUUACUACUUUACACAGCGAACCAGCAGUAACUUGUGGGGCAAAUGGAUGGGAGUUAUGCACGGCGACGAGAUAGAGUACGUGUUCGGCCACCCACUCAACAUGUCCAUAGAGUUCAACCACAAAGAGAGAGAACUCAGCCGGCGGAUCAUGGACAUCUUCGCCAGGUUUGCGCUCACAGGAAAGCCCAUGCAGAAUGAUACGGAAUGGCCAACAUACACGAAAGAACACCCUAAGUACUAUAUACUCAACGCAGAGAAGACUGGCACCGGCAAGGGUCCACGAACCACCGCUUGCGCAUUCUGGAAUGACUUUCUUCCGCGACUGAAAAAUCAUCCAGAUCCUGACUACGCUUGCCCUGGAGAGAUAAAGGGGAGCAAGCCUCUGGAUUUAAACCUUUUCGCAGGAAAAGACAGCCUCAUACUGGGACCAAAUCACUUGUUAAUUUCUUUCAUUAUUCUAGCCAGUUUGUUGGUAGCAAUGUUCUAGACUGGGAGCUGAUCACUUAAUGUUAAAUGAGUGAUUGCUAUGAAAAAAGCUGUAGUGACCAAACAGUUAUUCUCUGUUAAUCCUCCAAAGGUCACACCCAGAAACUCUAGGCACCAGGCUAUAAGAUAAUUUCACAAUUUGCUCCAAUUAAAAAAUACACAUUUUGAUAGAAUAUAAUCAAAGAUACAUACAUUUUUAGCGGGUCAUGUCUUUGUAUAUAAGGGAAAUUUUGGCAUAACAUGGAAUUGGUACACCUGGUUCUCAAUGGCCUGUUACGGAACAAUAUGGCGGAGACUGUGUUUACCUCCAUGUACGAUAAGGCAGCGUAGCAAGAGUUUAGAACACACAGAGUUUUGAUAUGAUUUUAGAAUAAUUGAAACGGGAAGUAUUUGGCCUAUAUUUCUCAUGACUGAAGAAAUGAUGAACAGAAAUAAAUAAAGAAAAUUCUUUCGACACAUAAACUCUGAAAUAUCAGUUUUCUCCGUUAAAAAUUAUAGGUGCAAUUCGUAAUAUUGUGUCACGGGAUACAAAUCAUCAAAUUUGUAUUCGUGUUUAAUAACUGUGUCUUUAUAUCGAAUUUUACUUAAUUCCAGACAAGUUUGUGACUCAAUGAAAUCAGAUAAUUCUGUAUGUUUUAAAACACAAUUUCUUUCAUAAGUUUCUAUGCUAACCUCUAUCAAAAUGUUUCAGCAAGACGCAGAGAACUGUUUCACUGAUUUAAAAUUAGCCUGAAAGAGCAAAGAAAACUUGAAAAUUGCAUAUAUGUCCAGAAAAUUACAUUACUUUGAGCACUAUUUCUUUUACUGUCAACAUUAAGGAGCUCCAUUAAUAGGUGACUGCUAUAGAGUAUCCACUUCUCCCAGUCAUAUUUCUUUCUUCGUUCGUCCAUUACAAAUCUCUGGCAGUCAAAUAAACAGUAUCAAUAAAACGAAAUUAACUGUCAGACAUAAAACUCCACUUGUCUGUUUCAAAAUCAUUGAAAGCGAAAGCAUAUAUGUAUGAUUAAUCUGAAGAUAAAACUAUAAUAUUUUAAUUAGAGACCAAAUUAUUUCGAUUCUAACCAAAUUUAUUAUUUGCAUAUCCAAGAAAGUGUCAUACAAUUUAUACAAAAGAUUAUGAUAAAUAAUAUAUAGAUGUAAACUAUUAUUACCUUUAUUUAGUUUUGGGCGUUUGUCUAUUGUCAUACUGAAAGUUGAAGUUAUUGUCCUCUAUUGCCCCAAAUCUCAGUCCAUACUCAUUCCGUCUUUCGAUUAAUUUUUAAUGUUUCUAUGUAUAUUUUAUGGUCCGUCUCAUGAAUUUUAUCUCAGAAGUUUGAUUAUGGAUUUGUCUUCUGCCGUUAUACCCCAUGUUUCACUACUGUAGAGGAGAAAUGAGACACCCUGUGCUUUAUAGCUUCAUACUCUUGUAUCUUUAAGCAAUUUCCUUAUAUUAAACGUGUUGCGUCAAGCCUGAACUUUUUAAAAAUACAUUGGUACGUCUGCAUUUCUGCUUUUUGUCACUGAUGAUUAUAAACACCCGGGUGUGAUUGAUUAUUACGUCGUUAUCAGAGUCUUAGUUAGUUAGUUAGUUAGUUAGUUAGUUAGUUAUUAGAGAGGGUGGGUUUCCCCAUGCACUUAGACCUG